GAUUACACUUACAUGUAUGUUCCAGUCUUAAAACAUCGUGUAUAGGAUUUUUAUGGAGUAAAAAAAACUAAUCAGGACUUAUGUGAUAAUAACCGGAUAUGCUUCAUCUAUUCUAUUACCUGUUGCUUGUAGCUUUGGUCAAAGGGCCUACAUGUCUAACUGCAAAGACGGUAAAGCAGUGUUGUACAGGGAAAAGCCCAACCAAUCCCUGUGAAUUUCUCGAAUUAUCCUGUCCAUCGGAACAUGUCAUAUACAAACCGGAUGUCUAUCCAACCAGCACAACUUGUAAGAAUCGACAUCUCUGUGAUGGGCUGGUCACGCUGUAUCCAAAGUUACGCAUCGAUAUCUAUAAUUGCUACUGGAAAAACAAAUGUCUUAUUGAUUUAUCGUCCGUUGAUAAGUCAUCACCUUUGGCAGAAUUAGGAACGGAUUGUCCGUCGGCGGAGUGGCUGAACGUUGUGGUUAAGGAGUGGAAAUGCGUCAGCAAAAAUGUUAUUUCAGAUAUAUGUGCUGGAAACAAGAAGCAACAAAUCGACAUAUUGAAACUCUCUGACAAACCAUCAGGAAUAAUAAGAAGUCACGAGGGUUUCCCUUGGAAUUAUGGGAAGGACAUCUUUCACAUCGAGAACUCUCUAUACACGCCAAUGUGUACUGUAACAUUCAACGGAAAUAUGGAGUCACAUACAGAUUUCAGCCGCAUCGCUGUCUUCGUCGACAGUUUAGAUAUUGGCGAUGACUUUAACACAGCAUACAUUCAAAAUGAGGAAUUGCAGGCAAAGACUUAUGUUUAUGAUUUUAAAACCCCAUAUGUCAAUAUAUCGUUUGGAUUCACUAAAACAAACUACAAUAUAAAAGGUGGCAAAGGCUUUGUCCUGUUCUAUAAAUUUCUUCGAGUCGACGAAGCUGUUUCAUCAAUAAAAGACUUCCAAGAUAUCAUCGAAACCAAACAAGGGACGUAUGCUACAUGUGUUCACAGGCACAAAUACUUCUGUCCGUAUCGUAAAGCGUGCGAGAAGAAUGCACGAUUGUUCGUGCCUGUGAACGAUCCUGACGACUUUUGCUCAUACAAGUCAGUUAAGAAAUUAAGGGAACCCAAAAGCUGUUCGAAAGAGAAAUACAACGCAUGUAAAUUACGUAAAACAGCUCUGAAGGGGAGAAAAUGGUCAAUGGUUAUCAGCGGGAACUUCACCGAGAAGUUCUUCACAUGUAAAUGGAUGUUUAAGCCUAAAGGACGAACAACAUGGGCUAUUACGUUUGAAAAAAACACUUUCGACAGGAGGUUUGAUAACUUAACUGUAAGACAUUCCCAUUGUGAAACCUCUAAUGUCACAACACUAAUGCCCCAAAAAACGCCCUACGCAAUAAAAAAGAGAGAUAUUGUCACAGUGGAAUAUUCAAGGACGAUAACAACGGAUUCAGAUACCUGGUUGCCACCUAUCACUGAGUUUAAAAUGACUUUUAAACGGACACGGAAAAGAAACUGAAGUACGGCAUAGUAUCCUGUCUGCAAUAUCCGCGUGAUGUCUUCUUUAAAAUCAGGAUUUAAAAUUUUUUUUUUUUUUGCUUUUAGUUUUUUUUCAAAUAUAUAUCUUAAUUUGUAUUGUUUAUGUUUUUCACUAGAUCUUGUAACAUAUAAUAUUGCUAUUUCAGAUUAUGGCGAAUAGGGUAAUUAUUGAAUCCAUUACAAAUCCCAUUACACGAUACACCCCUGUGAUAUCCAAAUACAUAGUUUUCUCGUGAAUGCGACUAGAAGAACUUGAAGAUUUAAGUCAUAGACCCCAAUGUCUAAUAGACGAUUCACCUGUACCCCGAUCGAACAGUUGAUAAGAUAUAAGUAGGAAGAAAAAACGGACCGAUUGAAAUACGUAUAAUUGCAUUUCAUAUGUCUGAUCCACAUGAAAUUCAAACAAAUGAUUAAACUCAACAUGGCCGUCAAAA